UUGCUCAGCGCGUCAGUUAUAUGAGCUACAGCGGUGUAAAAGGUUGUUGUGUGUAGCGAAAAAAUAUAUAUAAAAGUGUGCUAAAGCAGAAAAAUACAAAUUUUUACAAUUACCGUCAAUUAAAACAGAAAAAAAGAUGCCUAACUGCGCUGAGGAGCAAGCAAUACGUAAAUAUUAUGAUGUCGCACUGGAGCUGGUAAUGAAAUGUGGCCCUGUGGCGUGUGAAGGUUACGAACAGGCUGAUGUAAAUUUUCAAACAAAAUCAGCCUUUUAUGAUUUGGUAACGGUAUAUGAUAAAAAGGUAGAAGAUCUACUUAUAGCUGGUCUGCAAGCAGCCUUCCCAGAGUCUAAAUUUAUAGGUGAAGAGGGUACAGCGGAAGAUAAGAGUGAGCCAGUGUUAACAGAUGAACCCACUUGGAUCAUAGAUCCCAUUGAUGGUACAACAAAUUUUAUACGACGUUUCCCCAAUUGGUGUAUAUCAGUGGGUUUGGCUAUUAAGAAGCAGUUGGUGAUCGGUAUUGUUUAUUUGCCCGUAGUUAAUGAGAUGUACUCAGCCUAUAAGGGACAUGGCGCUUAUCUGAAUGGGCAGCGUAUCAGCGUUAGUAAAUGCACAAAAAUAAACACCGCUGUUUUGGGCACAGAAUUAUCACUAAUUCAGCGACCAGCCAUACGGGAUAAACACGUUAAGCGCGUGAGUAAGCUGGCAUCCAAUUGCAGUGGUUGUCGUGGUAUUGGCAGUGCCGCCGUUACACUCUGUUAUGUGGCGCGCGGCAGCAUAGACUGUUUUGCCGUUGAGGAUCUACAACCUUGGGAUAUCGCAGGAGGCGCUUGUAUAAUACGUGAAGCUGGUGGCAUAGUAUGUCAUUCGAAAGGUGGUGAAUUUUCGAUAUUAAAACCAGAUUGUAUUGCUGCCGCAACACCUGAACUAACAAAAGAUAUGAUUGCCUUGAUCAACGAAGCGGAUGAGUUGAAGGAGUUUACUUUUUGAAAUUUUUAUGUAAUGUUUAAAAAAAAAAAACAUUUUUUGUUACUGAGUGAGAAAUAGGUAUGCAUACUUGGACAGUGAGUGGCGUUUUCAAAGAUUUUCUGUUAUUUUAAUAUAGUGUUGUGGAAAUUUGAUAUAAAUUCGAAAAUAUAGAUUAUUAAUAAAAUUU